AGCAGGGGACCGAGCAGAGAAAAUGUGGGAGGAAAGGAAAAACCCUCCAGGGAACUGAGUCAGCAGCAGCGGGUCCAGCCUGCUCAACUUCCGCGGGUCGGCUUCAGCUCUGUCCUCCGCAAACUCAACACGUUAAUACUCAACAAUGAGCUUUAAUGGGUUUAAAUUACAAUAAGAAGCAUCUGUGGAAGGAAAAACAAGCCGCAGCGCAGAAGAGAGAAGAGGAAACGUGGGCGGACCAUCCCGUUUCGUUGAGCAUUUACCUCGAGGCUUCAUGUCUGUCCGAGUUUCAGCCAUGAGUGUUCUUCCUCCCGUUCGAAAGGACCGCAUCAUCGCUCAGCUCCCUCAGUAUUUCAGGAAAGAGGCAGCUCUGCACACUAAGGAGGAUUUCAACAAUAAAGUGAAGACCGCCUGCCAGGAGCAGCGCACCGGCACUGUGGGCAGAUUUAAAAUCUCUAAAGUCAUUGUUGUGGGUGACCUGGCUGUGGGGAAAACCUGUCUGAUUAAUAGAUUUUGCAAAGAUGCUUUUGAUAAAAACUACAAGGCAACGAUCGGAGUUGACUUUGAGAUGGAGCGGUUUGAGGUGCUGGGCGUUCCUUUCAGCCUGCAGCUGUGGGACACUGCAGGCCAAGAGAGGUUCAAGUGUAUUGCUUCUACGUACUACAGAGGAGCCCAAAUUGUGAUUAUCGUGUUUGAUGUAAAUGAUGUUGCCUCUUUGGGCCAUGUGAGGCAGUGGCUCGCAGACGCCUUGAAAGAAAACGACCCCACCGGUGUUCAGCUGUUCCUCGUUGGCACAAAGAAAGACCUGAGCUCUCCUGCUCAGUAUUCUCAGAUCGAACAAGAUGCUCUCAAACUAGCACAAGAGAUCAGAGCAGAGUAUUGGGCCGUGUCGUCACUGACAGGGGAAAACGUGAACGAGUUUUUCUUUCGAGUUGCAUCGCUGGCAUUUGAGACCAACGUCCUCGCUGAGCUGGAGAAAAGUGGGUCGAGGCAAAUCGGGGACGUUGUCAGAAUUAACAGCACUUCAAACAAUCUGUAUGCUGCAUCAAAGAAGAAACAGCCGAACUGCUGUCAGUAAGGAAUUUAAAGUCAAAGGUGCAGACUGAAAUUUUUUUUUUCUCAGUGGAAAAAGAGUGUGGCUGCUCUCCAGCUCAUGGGAGGGAUUUCUGUGGUCGAAGCAGGAGGAGGGACGCUGGAGUUUUACUUCCUGACAUGUUUGAGUUCAGUUUUUCCUGGCCUAGAAAGAGUUUUCCCACUGUGGGAUGUGGAUUCCUGUGGUGUCGUCUGGAGUUACAGAGUGACACGGCAAUUACACAAAUAUGACCGUUCUGGUACUGCAGAGAUGCCAAAGAAUGACUUUUGAUUUUUGUAACAUGGUGUAUGUGUGGAUGCUUACCUUACUUAGGGCUUGAAAUGAAUAUUCAGUCUUGCUGCUGUAGUUUGUUUAACGAUUAAGAAUUUUCUUUACAAUAAUACUCUGAUUUACCCUCAAGUCUGCUGUUUUAAAUGGUAAUUGGUACUUGACCUGUUUUCAUAAUAUUGUAGAGCAGAGGUUCUCAAACUUUCUGUAAGAUUAUGCAGUAAAUCACAAGAAAAAAGAUUUGAGGAGAGUCUGAAGAAAUAAACAGAAUAUUGUGUAGCAGGAAUUUUUUUCUGCUUUCCUAUCCAGUUUAAUCUUCACAGGACCCCUCAGACUUAUCUUGUGACCUCCAGGUUGGGAACCAUUGUUUUAGAUGCAGUCUUGGAUGUUUUUAUCUACAUCGUAUGCUUCCUAGGUACUUUUUUGCUUUUUGUUUACAAUCAAAUCAAUGACUGAAUUUGGAUUAUCAUUUUUGGAUCAAAAACUGAGAUAGUGUGUACAAAUAUUUUAUCAUUUAUUUUCUUUAAAAUUUCACAUGGUAUGUUUUACAUGUAAUAAACAUAUUAAAAAAGAGAAAAAAA